AUGCGGGGCGAGCUGGUCUUGUAUCAAGAGUCUCCUGCGCUAUCCUUGUUCAUUGCCGAUGGUUCCAAGACUAGGGAGACUGCGCUGCUAUGUAUCGCAGGCAUGGGCGAUGGGUUGCUCUCAUUGCCCUACCUAGAUACGCUUCAUGCAGCAAUGACCGAGGCUACGAUUGUACAAAUCUUGCUCAGCUCUAGCUACAGUGGCUGGGGUCUUGCUUCCCUUGAUGACGAUGCUGCUGAAAUCAUGUGUGCUGUCCAGUGCUUGGUAACAAAGCACGGCUUCAAAUCAGUUGUCCUCCUCGGACACUCCACAGGCUGUCAAGACACAAUCCACACGAUUCUUACUCAGGUCAAUCAUCCUUACCAUGGCAAAAUCUCUGCUGGCAUCCUUCAAGCUCCCGUCAGUGAUUGUGAGGCAUUUGAAGAAAUUUGUGACAAAGAAGCAUUAGCUAUCGUCACAAACUUUGCCCGUGGCCUGCAUCCUGAAGAUCUUUUGCCGCGGCAGAUGAUGCGCAAUGUCGGAUUCGGCGAUGUGGCCAUGACUGCUCGACGCUGGCUCUCGGUUGCUACGCCUUUGGGUCAAGAUGAUUACUUCUCGAGUACGCUGUCAGCAAACACCAUCAAAUCCACCUUUGGCAGGAUCACGAUCCCGUUCAUGGCGAUUGUCGGUGGCAACGAUGAGUAUGUGCCGCAUAAUGUCGACAAGGAACAGCUCGUUGCAUUCUGGAAGCAAAAUACAGCCGCACCCUGUUUCGAAAAGAGCUUUGUUCUUGCUGGCGCCAAUCACAAGGUGACUGAUGAAGGUGCCCAACAGGCUUUAGCAUGGUCGAUUUGCAGCUUUUUGAAGCAGCUCUAG